GGGGGCAUGUUAUGGCGACGAGAAUAGUGUCAAUCGCCUUGCUGUUUUCGCCGCUUAUACUAUGGUUGGUCGCCUGCUGGUGGCUGCGGCGACGCCACGGAACGAGGCGGUGUGACAGUAGGACGCUGUUAACUAAGGGACCGGGGCGGCGCGAUAGCGAUGACGCAGUGAGAGCUCUGUUUGUAACGGCGCACCCUGAUGACGAAGCGAUGUUCUUUGCGCCUAGCAUCCUUAAACUGGCUCGAGCCAGGCUGUGGUUGUUUUGCGCGUCCACAGGGAACUACUACAAUCAUGGGACCAUACGCAAGGAGGAGCUCCUGAAGAGCUGUGCAGUUCUUGGGAUCUCUGCUUCCAAUGUGACUGUCAUCGACCACAGGGACCUUCCUGACCAUCCGUCGGUUGAAUGGGACACGAGUCUGCUGUCUGCCUUGAUCCUGAAGCAUAUUGAAACCAACCACAUCAACUUGGUGCUGACCUUUGACGCAGGAGGAGUGAGUGGCCACGCCAACCACAAAUCCCUUUACACCACCAUCAGGUACCUGCACUCGGAGAACAAGCUUCCAGAAGGCUGUCGGGUCCUCACCCUGGAGACGGUCAGCCUCUUCCGGAAGUAUCUCUCCAUCCUCGACAUCCCCAUCAGCUGCCUCCACAGCCGGGAUGUUCUCUUUGUGCUGACGAAAGAGGAGGCGGAAACGGCCAAGAGAGCCAUGUGGUGCCACCGCAGUCAGCUGCUCUGGUUCCGCCGCCUGUAUGUGUGCUUCUCACGCUACAUGGUGGUCAACUCGCUUCGCUUCCUCUAAUGGGAAAAGGACUCCGUCAAAAACCUCCCGGGCUUCAAGCAACUUCAGAAGCCCAGAACUCCGUCGAGCUCCUGCUGAGCCCAGAAGAGGGAGUGGAUCCACUCCAGCAAGACCCAGCCACAGCAUGGCAAGGCCCAUCUGCUGCAAGAGAUCUUAACUCUGGCCGGUAAUCUGGAUUUAUCCAGUUACGUGGUUGGGGUGGCGGCGCAGCAAAGCCAGAAGCAGGCCAAGCACGGAACGGACCAGCCAAUUCUAUGGAAUCUGGCUAAAAGGGACUUUUGUGGCAUGUCAGAUGCUGUUCCAGGG